CACGCCGCCGCGGCCGGCCAGGCAGUCCCGGUGGUGGCAGCAGCAGCAGCGCGCACAGCGAAGCUCUCCGAGGGCGCGCCGGCCGGCCAGCCACGUGCGUUCUCCCUGGCCCCGCCGCAGGCAUCAGCCGGGCCGGCGUCCCCUUGAUGGGAGCCUGGAGCCGGGCUGGCUGAGCCGGCCGGGCGGCGGCGGCGGAGCAGAGGCAGGAGGAGCCCCCCGCGCAGGCUGGCGCGCCCCGAGAAGGCGAAGGCGAAGGCGGCGGCGGCGGCGGAUGCGGCGCUGCUGGAGCGCACGCAGGCAGCAGCCGGAGCGCCGCGGACCAUGUUCAGCGGGGUGGGCUGCUUCUGGGCGCUGCUCUCCUCCUGCCUGGUGGCCGUCUGCAGCUUCAGCUUCCUGGCGCCUGCCUGGAUCGUCCGCCAGCACCCGGGGACGGCCGCCGCCGCCGCCCGCCACUGGCCCCCCGCCGCCGCCGCCGCCGCCGCCGCCCUGGAGGAGCAGGAGGACGCCGGCGGCGGCGAGGUGAGCUUCGGCCUGCUCUGGCACUGCUCCGAGCCCCUGCAGCAGCGCCUCUACGACUGCUACACCUUCGGAGGCCUGGGCCGCUUCAGCGAGAUCCCUUCCGGCUCCUGGCAGACGAGUGCGGUGCUGUGCUCCGGGGGCUGUGCGCUUCUGGCCUUCAGCUCCUUGCUGGCGGUCAUCGUGAUCUUCCUUCCUAGCGGCCAGUGCGAGAGACGGGUCUGCACUCUGGCUGGUUACAUCCAGACGGCUGCGGUGUUCAUCAUGGGCUUUGGCCUCCUGGUCUACCCCUUCGGCCUGGGUUCUGCUGCCGUGAGGAGACACUGUGAGAAUGCAAGCAUCUACUAUGCAGGGGAUUGCCAAAUCGGAUGGGGUUUUAUGCUGGCCAUCGUCGGAGUCAUGCUCUCUGUCUUCUUGCCGUUCUUUGCCAAAUAUGCACCAAAAGAGCACGCCUCUCCGACGCCGAUCCCCACUAUUUUAUAGUAUUUUUAUUUAACAAGAGGACGUCCCUGUCUGAAGCCGAUGGGCAGCAAAGCAUUGGAGCACUUCAUUUUGAUUGCUAGAGAGAGAGAGAGAGACCCAAAGAGUCUUCCGUCCGCGUGGGGGAAAAAACUCACCCUCCAGAUCUGCAGUCAAGUUUGCCACGCCGCUUCCGUGCUGCCUUGAACGGCUGGAGGCCUCAGCAAAAAAGAGAGACGCCCGUUUUUAUCCUCAAAAUAUCUGUCUACCUCCCACUUUUCUUUGGUGUCUCGAAACCUUUCUUAAAGCCUCAAUUCACUUUUGUAUCUUCUUAGGACUUUUCUGGAGCCCUCCUCAAACCGAGCGCGCUGUGGGGUUAGAAUCGUUAGAUGAUACGAUGCCGGGGUGGGUGGGGGGAUGUUUGCGGACGGGUUCAGCAGGGGCACCUCCCCACCACCACCUGUGUUAAAUCUGUGCAUGCCAGUUAUGUGCCUGAACACCGAGAGCAUCCAGGCACUCCACUGUACAACAGUCUUUCUUUAAAACAAAAACACAAAACAUGGCUAAUAUUGAGAGGCCUAAUUUCAAUAGGAGGGGGGCAGGUUUCUCAGUAAGGUUUAAAGGCCCGCUUUUGGAUGUCAGGCAUGGGCAAGUCUGGGAAAGUCCGGAGAGGAUGUUGGGAAUCCUGACCCCCACCACAAGGAGGGGUGGGGCAAUUGACCAUGGUCAUGUGUUGAUGGUGGUGGUGGGGGCUCUUUAAUUGCGGACCUAUGUCCUUGCACCGGUAGGGUGUCACCAGAUUGUUGUAAAGCAAGAGGCAUUGCACCCUUGACGUGAAUACCUAGUAUGUGUGCAUGCCAAUUUCGGUUGCUUGGAGCAAGAGGCAUGCUGUACGGAAUCGACAAGUUAGGAGAGAAAUAAAGGUGCUCCUGGAGUCAUGUAAUUUGGGAGGCGUGCCUCUUCCUACUCUUCUUGCUAUACAGGCCCCUUAACUUGUUAAAAGCCUGUUGCUACGUGAAACAUCAGAACCCUACAAAUUGAACGUGGAGUUACGUGAAGCAAUUCAAGCAGCGAAAACGACACAGGUUUACGUCUUUGGUUUCUUUAAGCAAUAACAGUUAAUUUCGAUUCUUUUUUUUCCUUUCCCCGUCUUCCUCCUUCUUCCCAAAGGGAAAUUUGGACUUGACUCUUCCCUUCUGCAGAUUGGCAUGCACAGAGAGUAACCCAUUUGUAGUUGGUUAAAGGAGUUUGGCACAUAUCUUAACAAUGUCCACAUGUAAAGGAUUAGAAGAGUUAAACCACUUAUCUAAAAAUACACAUUUGACACCCUGAGUUUUGUCCGCAGAUCACAAGGACGCUAGCCAGAGAGUGUGACAGGUCCUGUUUUUGUGUUAAGAACGGUGUCGAUCCGUGGAAAGUCGCCCUAAAUGCAUGAAGCAGAGACCUCUGCCUGAUUCACUUCCUAGGUAAGGGUGUUCGGGAUAACAGGCUGCCUGUGACGUCAUGUACCACUUGGUAUAAGUAGAGCUGGCUCUUUCUGUCCUGUCAAAACGAAACUGAAUUUUCCCAUGGGGAGAGAAUGGGGUGGCCAGGAUUGACCGGUAACCAGUAUCCCUCUCCAGGUGACUCUCAAAUGCAGUCCUGGAGGUUUGAAUGGCUCUAUAUUGGGAAAUAUGUGGGAAGGGGAGAAAAGUCUCUACAUGUAACAUUCAGCCAGAGUUAGCAGCUCUAGAAAAGAAAGCAAAAUAUUUUGCAUUUCAGCUGCACCCUUGGCAUUUCCUGCGGGCUCACUGCCAACGACUGCCGCAAACUGCACCGUUUGCCUUAUCCUAAAUUUAAAAGUGAUCAGCUCCUGAUUGCAAUCCAUCUCAUUCGAAAUCAACAGUUCUGGCGUUCCUUGUGUCCUCCCGACGAUUCGUUCGCAGCAAAAUCCUUUGAUCGGAUUGUCUCUGGCCGUUACUGGGUUGCUUCUGUAUUGUUGCAACUAAUCAGAAUCGGUCCUUGUCGUCAAUUAUAAACUCCACCUUGCUCCUGUGACUCUGCUGGAGAUGCCAUGUGUGCAGAGAGCCUAGGAAGGGCUUCGCCGGAAACUUCCAAGGAUGUUUCUGGCACAACACUCCAGACACAGCACAAUAAUGCUUUCUCUGCCUGGAGACGCUGCCUGGGGUUUAAUUCAGGCCCACCUCCUGCAAAUCAGGGACUCAGCCAUGAAGCCCUAGGAACGUAGGGAACUGCUCUAUACCGAGUCAGACCACUGGUUUACCCAGCUCAGUGCUGCCUACACUGGCUGGCAGCGGCUCCUCUAAAGUUUCAGGCAGGCGUCUUUCCCAGCCCUACUUGGAGACGCUGCCAGGGAGUGAACCGGGGGUCUUCUGCCUGCAAAGAUGCAGGUGCUCUGAGCUACAGUCCCAUCUUCCAGGGGAAUUAGGCUGCAUACAGAAGAGAGGCUCAUGUGGGGUGUUUGCCCCCUGUUCUCUUCCCAGGGACAGACAGACCUGGCUCCAAAUCCUUGCCCCAGUUUCUGUUCUUCCGGCGGGCUGUCAGAUUUCUGCUUUUGUCUUGACUUCCAAGUGCCUGCCUGGUGAUCUAUCGAAUAAAAUGGUGCUUUCUUUUCCUUCUAAAGUCCUUUGAACUUUAAUUUACAAAUCUGCUCUGAGAAGGGGGAGGUGGCUUCCUGGCCGACGCAAGGCUCAGCUUGUCGGCCCUGUGAAAGCCCAGAUUCUGUCGCGACCCAGAAAGAACCACUUCCCCUGAGCAUGAUCCCGGGGGAGAAGAUGCUUCUGUGUGCCUAAACUGGGGUGAGUGUACUGCCAUGAUGGACUUGCUGCUGAAAAUGUGCACACCUGUACAUAUCUUAUUGUGGCCAGAAUUAAUAAGUUACUUCUUUUUUUGCUAGAGAAUUUGCAGGACCCCCUGUUUUCUUAAGCCCAAAGCAAGCUGGAUAGUUUCUACUGUAGAUUUCACCUGUAUUUCACUGGGGUCGUCAGUAGCAUUGCCUGCUUCUCUCGACACUGUUGGGGCGGCGUGGAAGUUUUCUUGUAAUUGGUAAGUCAGGAAGGGAAUAUAAGCAGCCCAAGAGUUAGAAAGCAAAUUCUAACCAUCAUCAUGUAAAGACUGGAAAGUUGCAUCUUUUCUUUCCUAACCAACCUGUGCCUUUUAACAAGUGUACACAACAUAAUGAGCAUAAAGUUAAAAAAAAAAUCAGCCAGUGAAAAUGUGGUAUGAUAUUGUAGAAGUUGUGUUUCUGUGUGGUUUUUAUCAGUUUUGUGCAAUGUUUACAUCUGUUCACUUAAGUGUGCUGUGAGAAAAGCCAUUUGUUGGUCUGUGCAAGGAAUCUUGUCUUUCAAACAGUGGGUUGAAUUAGCCUGUGCGUUCCCACGAUGCUGAUUCUGGUUGAACAAAUGGCCAAUGGACAGACUCUGGUAGGGUUGUUUGUGUGUGUGUCUGUUUUUAGGGAUAUGUACAAGUGUGUAUUGUAACCAAAACUGUUUCAUAUUUAAAGCUGGUUUCUAGGACUUGAACGUAGUGAUGCUGUUAAAAAUAACACCUUGCCCUUGAAGUACAUAUCAGAAAUUAUAGGACAAUGCUUCCAUUUUGUAUUCUUUCGUAUCAUUUUAAAUGCUUUUAAAACUACAGUUUAGUAAUGUGACUUGCAAACAAAGGGAACAGUUCUUAAGCUGAAUGCUGGUCAGUUAGAAGAACUGGUGGAUAUGCAUUUGCCCGUGAGCAGAUAAACAGUAGGUUUGUUCACACAACCGUCUGACUCUAGGUUUCAUGUGGGUGGUUACAAACACUGAAGUGGUUGGGUGAACCCAUGUCAAGGCGGUUUAUGGGCACCUUCGCAUGGAUUUGCACAAGCACACUAAUGUUGGUAACCCACAUUAAACCUAGAUUCAGAUGGUUGUGUGAACAGGCCUACAAUCUGUUAGUUGCCAUAAUUUUUGCCAUAAAGACGUUCUCUUGUAGAAGUACCUGCAAUAGAGUGAGUGGUCGGCAGGGGAGGGGGACAGGACGCUCAAGUGCCUCAAACUUCCUGUUUCUGCUUCUCCAAACAUAGUCAAAGCCACGUUCCGAUCCACACACACACGUUGAUUACCCCUCGCCAGUAAUUCCCAAAUGGUAUGCCGCAAGAGAACCUGGUGCUGGUGCCACGAGAAAUAAAAUCAUCACUAAGCCACUGGGUGAGCCCAAAGCGGAGGAGGCUGCCUGUUGCUUCUCUGCGUGAUUUACUCCUUUGGCCUUGCCUCUUUCCAGCCAGACCCUGCUGGGCCCAUAAUGUUGCCACACUUCUACAGCAGGAGUGAUCAGAACAUACAGUCGCACCUAAUGCCGAGAGGAGCAGCAUUAUCGGACCUAAGAGGAGGCUUCUUGUUGCCUCUCUGUAUGAUGAUGCAGAAAUACUGGAGAUGGACUCAUUUGUGGAUGGGGAGCUCUUAUUCCCCAAAGCCAACCUUUUCAUGCAUUAGGAGUGAAGCCCACCUCCAGUUCUUGCCAAAUGUUCCUUCGGCUGUUCAGCAGCUUUGGAAACACUGGCCAGCAUCCUGAUUGGUGCUCUGCUUGUGCAAAGGUACCAAGGUGCACGAGAGGCUUGCACGCCUGCACUACUACGUCGUGGGGGUGUUCAGAACCGCGCUGGUGUGCUCAUGCACAGAAUUUCCCUGCAGAAGAUACGAGGUGGGCCACGGGUUUCACACCUUGUUGUGUGGGUGUUCCCUCUAGCACAAUAUGUGCCUGGAAUUUGAGCGUCUGACAUAGCACAAUAUGAGCUAGUGCUCGAGAGCUUGGCACUAGUUCAAAGUCCUUGUGCAAAAGUGCCAAGGGGUGCCAGCCCCUGUUCCGAAUCUAAGAGCCGGGCUUGAAGGUGGGGACUGUCUCUUUCGAGAGGCGUUGUGGCAGGGCUGUUGCUGUAAUUGAGCAGAUGGGUUCAAAGAACCCCGGGGGCCCCAGCUCCACCCGUCCCUAUUUUCUUAAUUAUCUCGGCUGCCGGGAAGAGGGGCGAACACGAGACCUCUCUCCCCUAGCUAUGCCCCUGUGUUGUGGGUUUGAGCUGGCUUUGGCUGUUCUGAAAGUUCUGUCUGUGGAGACCCAGCUGGGCUGGCCUCUCCAGACCCACAAGUUAGCACUUACUCUUAGUUCUUUGUGUAGACAUUUGAAAACCACAGUUUAGCCGAAAGACAACACCCAAAGCAGUGCCCAGAACACAGAAUCAGUGAAGACAGUGCCGAACAUGGAUGUGUGCCUUGACCUGAAGAGUGAUUUGGUAGGCACAAGGCACCCACGGAGACUCAAGAUGGCAAACCUGCAGGUAAACACAAUCACUAACGGAGUCCAAAGCAGGCAAAGAUGGGUGGCUGAAUUGAGAGGAUAAUUCGCCCUGCUUUCCUUAAUGCUGAAAAAUUACCUUUGAACAAAUACUCUCCGAGUUAAAUUGUGCAAAAUCGUUUUCUUCCUUCCUUGGAAAAAAAGCAAAUUACUGGUUCAGGUUCAAGUUUUAUUCUAAAUAUAUAUAUAUAUAUAUAAUUUUUAUGUGUAACUAAAAGGUGUAUUUUCCAUUACUGUGGUUUCUGUACUUGGACUUGAUGGCUCCUUUUUAGAAUAUUGACAUUUCCCUUCCCUGUAUUUGACUUGUUGAAUAAAACACUUAUUUGAAAUGUGAAUUUUCUGAUUGCCAACACUGUAUUAUAAUAAAGCAAUUCAUGCUGUCAA